UCUCUCUCUCUCUCUUCUAAAAAUAUACAAAAUACAACAAAUACAAAUAUUUAUAUUCAUUUUUGGUCCAAAUCCAUUUUCUCUCACAUCUCUGCCUCUCCGUUUGAUGCACAAAAACCAUUCAUUUACAAGCAUACAUAUAUAUAUAUAUAUAUUUAUACAUCCCAUUGAUAUCAAAACAGUAAUUGGAAGGAACAAAAAAAAAGAGAGGAAAGGAGGGCCUUUAAGCCCUCUCCUGCUUAUUAUGCUUCCUCUCAGAUCUUAAAUUCUCUUUCUUUACCAUCUGGGUUUGUUCUCCCUGGUAUAAUUAAUAUCACUUUCUCUUCAAAAAUCAAUAAAACAAAGCCGGCAUAGCUUGUUUUCCUUUGUUUUCUUCAUUAUUUGCGCUAUACAUGAUUUCUGGGUAUUGAAUCUUUCACUCAUUUCUCAUCAAAGACGGAUCUUUUUUUUCUUUGGUCUUUAGGAAUCCUGGAUUGUUGGUCGAUUGAUAAUCGAUCGGUAAUUGGUCUCAUGCUUUUCGAUUGAAUCCAACAACACCCGGUCGUUUUAUAUUGAUAUAAAUAACCAGGCUUUGCGUGAUAUCUGUAUUCUGACAAGUGGAAUUUAAUUUGAUUGGUCUAGGCGAAGACUUGAUUUUUAUUUUUCUUUGAGACAAGAAUGGAAAUGGAGCUUGGCAAGCUAUUCAUUGGUGGGAUUUCUUGGGACACAAAUGAGGAUCGUCUUAGAGACUAUUUUCAGGUUUUUGGGGAAGUUGUGGAAGCUGUGAUAAUGAAGGAUCGGGCCACCGGUCGUGCCCGUGGAUUCGGAUUUGUUGUUUUUGCUGACCCAGCUAUUGCAGAAAGAGUUGUUAUGGAAAAGCAUAAGAUAGAUGGUAGAACUGUUGAGGCGAAGAAGGCAGUUCCUAGGGAUGACCAGAACAUUCUAAACAAAAGCAAUGUUAGCAAUCAUGGAUCACCUGGUCCUGCUCGAACAAAAAAGAUAUUUGUAGGAGGCUUAGCAUCCACAGUCACUGAGAGUGACUUUAAGAGGUACUUUGAUCAGUUUGGUACAAUUACAGAUGUUGUUGUGAUGUAUGAUCACAAUACCCAGAGGCCACGAGGUUUUGGAUUCAUAACUUAUGAUUCAGAGGAAGCUGUGGAUAAAGUCUUGCAGAGAACAUUUCAUGAACUCAAUGGAAAAAUGGUUGAGGUCAAGCGGGCUGUUCCCAAAGAAUCAUCUCUGGGGCCAAGUCGGAACCAGUUAGGUGGAUAUAACUUUGGUCUGAGUAGAGUCAAUAGCUUCCUUAAUGGUUACAUGCAGGGUUAUAAUACUAGUUCAGUCGGAGGUUAUGGUGUUAGAAUGGAAGGUAGAUUUAGUCCAGUUACUGUUGGUCAGAGUGGAUUUCCUCCAUUGAGCCCUGGUUAUGGGAUGGGACUGAAUUUUGAGUCAAAUUUGAGUCCAAGCUAUGGAGGAAGCUCAAACUAUAGUUCUAACCUCAGCUAUGGACAGGGAUUGAAUACUUCAUUUAAUGGAAAUUCAAACAGGUUUGCCAGCCCCUUUGGAUAUGGUGGGGGCAGUGGAGGGAGUAGUUCUGUCUUAAACUCAUCUGGUCGAAAUAUGUGGGGAAGUCUUAACUAUGCUACUAACUCAACAAACUCUAGUGCUAUUGUGGGCUCUCGAAGUGGGAAUUUGGGUGUGAGUUCUUUUGGCAGCAUCGGAGCUCUUUGGGAUUCCUCUUGUACUUCAGCUCAAGGUGGAGGUGCUGCUUCUGCCUACAAUAGCAGCAAUCUUAGAUAUGGAAGUGGAGAUUUUGGUGUUGGAUCAGGAGGUAUAGGCUAUGGGAGAAACAGUGGGACCAGUAUUGCACAGGUAUCAUCCCAAGGUGCUUCAAAUGGUGGUUAUGAUGGGGCUCUGGCUGAUAUUUAUGAAAAUGGUUCAUUUUAUGGGGAUUCCACAUGGCGAUCUUCGCCCUUAGACCUAGAGCGGUCUAGUCCUUUUGGUUUUGGGCUGGGAAAUGCAACUUCAGAUGUUAUGACUAAUAACUCUGCUGGUUACAUUGGUGGUUAUAGUGUUACCAAUAGGCAGUCAAAUAGAGGAAUUGCUGCAUAGGAGGAUGAUGAUAUGAUGUCAAAAGAUAAUUGUAGGAAAUUUGUAUGGUGUAGCGGGUUAAUGACUGGAUUUCUACAUUUUCCUCAGAUAUUUCAGUUUUAUAUGAAAAUGUUUUCUUUACUGGGAUUGAUUAAGAUGUAAAAUCAGAUUGGGGUAUACGCAGAUUAUUGUAUCAUGCAUCUGUUGGCGACAGAGUGAUACAUACAAGAACUGACCUUUACUUUAGAGUUGUUUGAUUUUCUGCUGUUAUAUCCAGUGAAGUUGCUGGGUUCUUGUAUUCUGUAUGAGAUGUUUGGCUUGAAUUUACAUUGUGAAACUCUGAGGGAAGCUCUUUCGGGAUCCCUGGAAUAAUAUAGUAAGAUACUACUAAAUGUGAUUCAUUUUUACUGUAA